AUGGGGAGACGGCGGGCGCUCUGCCUGCAGCCUUAUUUCCUUUGGCUGGGGUGUGUGGCGCUCUGGGCGCAUGGAUCCGCUGGGCAGCAGCGGCACGGUCGUCCGGCGGAGGGUGCAGAUGCUAGCCGCUACUCUAUCUUGGGGAGCCUGGAAGGAGGCACAGCGGCCGCCGCCGCCGCCAACCGCGUCCGCAGGAGAGGCCAGCAGGACAUGCUCAGGGGACCAAAUGUAUGUGGCUCCAGGUUCCACUCCUACUGUUGCCCUGGAUGGAAAACACUCCCUGGGGGAAAUCAGUGUAUUGUUCCAAUUUGUAGAAAUAGUUGUGGUGAUGGAUUUUGUUCUCGUCCUAAUAUGUGCACUUGCUCCAAUGGACAGAUAUUGCCAAGCUGUGGACCAAAAUCUAUACAACAGUGUAACAUCAGAUGUCUGAAUGGUGGUACCUGUCUAGAUGACCAAUGCCAAUGUCAAAAAGGAUAUAUUGGCACUUACUGUGGGCAACCUGUUUGUGAACAUGGAUGCCAGAAUGGAGGUCGCUGCAUUGGGCCCAAUCGUUGUGCAUGUGUAUAUGGAUUCACAGGCCCUCAAUGUGAAAGAGAUUAUAGAACAGGCCCUUGUUUUAUUCAAGUCAACAAUCAGAUGUGUCAAGGUCAGCUAGCUGGUAUUGUUUGCACAAAGACACUUUGUUGUGCAACUAUUGGACGUGCGUGGGGCCAUCCUUGUGAAAUGUGCCCUGCUCAACCCCAACCAUGUCGUCGUGGUUUCAUUCCAAACAUCCGCACUGGAGCAUGUCAAGAUAUAGACGAAUGUCAGGCUAUCCCUGGAAUCUGUCAGGGGGGAACUUGCAUCAAUGCAGUCGGAUCAUAUGAAUGCAAAUGCCCUGCUGGUCAUAAACAGAAUGAAGCAACUCAGAAGUGUGAAGAUAUUAAUGAAUGCAGUCUCAUCCCAGGAAUCUGUGAUACUGGUGAAUGUUCCAAUACUGUUGGAAGUUAUAUUUGUCUUUGUCCACGUGGCUUUCUGACAUCCACAGAUGGCUCUCAUUGCAUUGAUCAAAGAGCAGGUACUUGUUUCUCCAGUCUGCUGAAUGGUCGCUGUGCACAAGAGCUUCCGAGCAGGUUUACCAAGAUGCAGUGCUGCUGCGAGUCUGGACGGUGUUGGGCUCUUGGAUCCAUUCCAGAAAUGUGUCCUGUUAGAGGCUCUGAUGAAUAUCGUGGGCUUUGCAUAGAUGGCAUUCCUGUUAUAGGUGGUUCCAGGCCUGGUGGCACAGGAGGAAACGGCUUUGGCCCAAGAGGAACAGGAUUCAUCCCUAUUCCUGGUGGAAAUGGAUUUUCCCCAGGUGUGCAUGGAACUGGAAUAGGGACCGGUGGCCAAGGUCCCACAGGAAAUGGCCCCGUCAUUACGGGACUGACUAUACUCAAUCAGACAAUAGAUAUCUGUAAACAUCAUCCAAAUUUAUGCUUAAAUGGGCGCUGCAUCCCAACAAUAUCCAGUUACCGAUGUGAAUGCAAUAUGGGAUAUAAGCAGGAUGCCAAUGGAGACUGUACUGAUGUUGAUGAAUGUAUAUCAAAUCCAUGCUCUAAUGGAGACUGUGUGAACACACCUGGCUCUUAUUAUUGCAAAUGCCAUAUAGGUUUCCAAAGAACACCUACUAAGCAGGCUUGCAUUGACAUUGAUGAGUGUAUUCAGAAUGGUGUCCUUUGUAAGAAUGGUCGUUGUGUGAACACCGAUGGAAGCUUCCAGUGCAUUUGCAAUGCUGGCUUUGAACUGACAACUGAUGGGAAAAACUGUGUUGAUCAUGAUGAAUGUACAACUACCAACAUGUGUUUAAAUGGAAUGUGUAUCAAUGAGGAUGGCAGUUUCAAGUGCAUCUGUAAACCUGGGUUUGUCCUGGCUCCUAAUGGACGUUACUGUACUGAUAUUGAUGAAUGCAAGACUCCAGGUAUUUGCAUGAAUGGUCACUGCAUUAAUACAGAAGGAUCAUUUCGUUGUGAUUGUCCACCUGGACUAGCUGUUGGAGUUGAUGGACGAGUUUGUGUAGACACUCAUAUGCGAAGCACAUGCUAUGGUGGAAUCAAAAAAGGGGUAUGUAUUCGCCCUUUUCCUGGAGCAGUGACAAAAUCUGAAUGUUGCUGUGCCAAUUUAGACUAUGGCUUUGGCGAACCAUGCCACCCAUGUCCUGCCAAGAAUUCAGCUGAGUUCCAUGGCCUUUGUAGUGGAGGAGUAGGAAUUACUGUGGAUGGAAGAGAUAUAAAUGAAUGUGCUUUAGAUCCUGAUAUUUGUUCUAACGGGAUUUGUGAAAACCUACGUGGCAGCUAUCGUUGUAACUGCAACAGUGGAUAUGAAUCAGAUGUUUCAGGACAAAAUUGUGUUGACAUUGAUGAAUGUUUUGUAAAUCGAUUAUUAUGUGAUAAUGGCCUUUGUCGAAAUACACCUGGAAGUUACAGCUGUGUGUGCCCAAAAGGAUAUAUAUUCAGCAGUGAAACAGACACAUGCGAAGAUAUAAACGAAUGUGAAAGCAGUCCUUGUGUCAAUGGUGCUUGCAGGAACAAUCUUGGGUCUUUCAUCUGUGAAUGUUUAUCUGGCAGCAAACUAGACUCUACAGGCUUCAUUUGUAUUGAUAGUCUGAAGGGAACAUGCUGGCUGAACAUCCAAGAUAAUCGCUGUGAAGUAAACCUUAAUGGAGCUACUCUGAAAUCAGAAUGCUGUGCUACUCUGGGAGCUGCUUGGGGUAGCCCUUGUGAGCGUUGCGAAUUUGAUACUGCAUGCCCUAGAGGAUUUGCAAGAGUCAAAGGUGUUUCUUGUGAAGAUGUAAAUGAGUGUGAAGUUUUUCCGGGGGUGUGUCCCAAUGGGCGGUGCAUCAACAGCAGAGGCUCUUUUCACUGUGAGUGUCCCAGCAGUCUGACAUUGGAUGGAACUGGCAGGGUGUGUUUAGAUAUCCGAAUGGAGCAGUGUUAUCUGAGAUGGGAUGAAGAUGACUGUGUUCAACCUGUACCUGGAAAAUUCCGUAUGGACACAUGUUGCUGUGCUAUAGGUGGUGCUUGGGGUUCAGAUUGCGAGGAAUGCUCCAAGCCAGGCACAAAAGAAUAUGAAGACUUAUGCCCCAGAGGUCCAGGCUUUUCCAACCGUGGGGACAUUUUAACUGGAAGGCCAUUUUACAAAGAUAUAAAUGAAUGUAAAAUGUUUUCUGGCUUGUGCACAAAUGGCAAAUGUAGAAAUACAAUUGGAAGCUUCAAAUGUAGAUGUAACAAUGGAUUUGCACUUGAUAUGGAAGAGAGAAAUUGUACAGAUAUUGAUGAAUGCCGUAUCUCACCUGAUCUUUGUGGAAGUGGCACUUGUGUCAACACUCCAGGAAGUUUUGAGUGUGAAUGCUUUGAGGGCUAUGAAAGUGGAUUUAUGAUGAUGAAAAACUGUAUGGACAUAGAUGAAUGUGAACGUAACCCCCUUCUUUGUAGAGGGGGGAAAUGCUUGAAUACUGAAGGAAGCUUUCAGUGUGACUGUCCUCUUGGGCAUGAAUUAUCUUCAUCACGUGAAGAAUGUGUGGAUAUCAAUGAAUGUUCUCUUAGCAAUAACCUAUGUAGAAAUGGGAAAUGUGUGAAUGUGAUUGGAAUGUAUCAGUGUUCCUGUAAUCCUGGGUACCAGGCAACUCCAGAUAAGCAAGGCUGCAUCGAUAUUGAUGAGUGCAUGAUUAUGAACGGAGGCUGUGACACUCACUGCAGUAAUUCAGAAGGCAGCUAUGAAUGUAGUUGCAGUGAUGGAUAUGCUCUAAUGCCAGAUAUGAGGAGUUGUGCAGAUAUUGAUGAAUGUGACAGUAACCCAGAUAUCUGUGAUGGUGGACAGUGCAUUAACAUUCCAGGAGAAUAUCGUUGUCUUUGUUAUGAUGGAUUCAUGGCUUCUGUUGACAUGAAAAUAUGCAUUGAUGUGAAUGAAUGUGAUCUAAAUUCGAACAUUUGCAUGUUUGGAGAAUGUGAGAACACCAAAGGAUCCUUCAUUUGCCAUUGCCAGCUGGGUUAUUCUGUCAAGAAGGGAACCACAGGAUGCACAGAUGUGGAUGAAUGUGAAAUUGGUGCCCACAACUGUGACAUGCAUGGUCUGUGUCUCAAUGUUCCGGGAAGCUUCAGAUGUAGCUGUAAGGAAGGAUGGAUUGGAAAUGGAAUUAAGUGUAUAGAUCUUGAUGAGUGUUCUAAUGGCACACACCAAUGUAGCAUAAACGCUCAGUGUGUGAAUUCUCCCGGAUCAUAUCAUUGCACCUGUGCAGAAGGAUUUACUGGAGAUGGAUUUAUUUGUACAGAUAUUGAUGAAUGUGCAGAAAACAUUAAUCUGUGUGACAAUGGACAAUGCCUUAAUAUUCCUGGUGGAUACCGUUGUGAGUGUGAGAUGGGCUUCACUUCAACUUCCAAUAGCCGAGCUUGCCAAGAUAUUGAUGAAUGUGCCUUCCAGAAUAUAUGUGUGUUUGGUACUUGCAAUAACUUACCUGGCAUGUUUCACUGUAUUUGUGAUGAUGGCUAUGAACUGGACAGAACUGGAGGAAAUUGUACAGAUAUUGAUGAGUGUGCUGAUCCUAUAAAUUGUGUCAAUGGCUUUUGUGUAAAUACUCCUGGAAGGUAUGAAUGUAACUGUCCUCCAGAUUUCCAGCUGAACCCAACAGGAGUUGGCUGUGUUGAUAACAGAGUUGGCAACUGUUACUUGAAAUAUGGACCAAGGGGUGAUGGGAGUCUGUCCUGCAGUACUGAAAUUGGUGUUGGAGUCAGUCGUUCUUCUUGUUGCUGUUCCUUGGGAAAAGCCUGGGGGAAUCCCUGUGAGACAUGCCCACCUGUAAAUAGCAGUGAAUAUAAUACCUUGUGUCCAGGAGGCGAAGGCUUCAGACCAAACCCCAUAACAAUUAUCUUAGAAGACAUUGAUGAAUGCCAAGAAUUGCCUGGUCUAUGCCAAGGUGGAAACUGCAUCAAUACUUUUGGCAGCUUCCAAUGUGAAUGUCCCCAUGGGUACUAUCUCAGUGAAGAAACACGUAUCUGUGAAGAUAUUGAUGAGUGUGUUGCACAUCCUGGUGUAUGUGGUCCUGGGACAUGCUAUAACACCUUAGGAAACUAUACCUGUAUUUGCCCCCCAGAAUAUAUGCAGGUGAAUGGAGGACAUAACUGUAUGGAUAUGAGAAAGAGCUUUUGUUAUAGAA